AUGGUUGUUCCAAAUGUUCAUUUGAGCAGUGGCUAUAAUAUGCCAAUUUUCGGUCUUGGAACCUGGCAAUCAAAACCAGGAGAAGUUGCGGCUGCUGUUAGAAUUGCUUUGGAAGCCGGAUAUCGUCAUAUUGAUUGCGCAUUUGCUUAUCAAAAUCAAAAAGAAAUUGGAGAAGUCUUGACAAAAAUCUUUGCCGAAGGAAAAAUCAAAAGAGAAGAAGUUUUUAUCACUUCAAAAGUUUGGAAUACUUUUCAUUCUUUUGAACAAGCUAAAUUGAAUAUUCAAACAAUUAUCAAUGAUUUGGAAUUGCAAUAUAUUGAUUUGUUAUUGAUUCAUUGGCCACAAGGAUAUGAAGAAGGUGGUGAAAUCUUUCCAUUAACUGAAAGUGGAAAAAUGAGAUAUUCAAAUGAAGAUUAUUUGGAUACAUGGAAAGCAUUGGAAGAAGCACAAAAAGCUGGAAAAGUUCGAUCGAUUGGAAUCUCAAAUUUCAAUCAUAAACAAAUUGAAAGACUUUGGAAUUCUGCCAAUAUUAAACCAUCAGUUUUGCAAGUCGAAUUACAUCCAUUUUUCCAACAACAAAAACUUCGCGAUUUCUGCAAAGCGAAAAAUAUUGCAGUAACUGCUUAUAGUCCAUUGGGAAAUCCAGGAUCUGCAUUUUUCCGAAAAUCUGGAGAUCCUGAUGUUUUGACAAAUGAAGUUAUUGGAGGAAUUGCAAAAACUCAUGGAAAAACUGCAGCUCAAGUUACUUUGAGAUGGUUUAUUGAACACGGAAUUAUUGUUAUCCCAAAAUCAAUUUCUGAAAGUAAGUGAUAAUUCGAACAACAAAAAUUAAUCGGCCCACUUCCGAAAUUUCGGAAUUUUUUUCAAAAAGUAACAGGGUGUCUGAAUCGUUUCAAAACAUUAGUACAUUAGUAAAAUUUUUCAGCCUACUUGGCCUCACGAAAAUGUUUUUUCUUUUAGACACAGGGUGUAAUUUACUACCUCAAAUCGCUAGACCUCAAAUUUUUAAUUAAUUUUUGGGUAGAUCAAAAAUAAUUUUUCUCUAAAUCUCUCGUUUUUGCUUUGAAUUUCGUCGAUUUUAGUCCCACCCCUAACAUCGUGUCAGGUCUCAAAAAAUGCGCGAAAUUUUUCGGGUAGUAAAUUACACUCUGUGUUAGAUCGCAUCAAGGAAAAUUUCAAUAUCUUCGACUUCCAAUUGACUCCAGCCGAAGUUUCACAAAUCGACGGACUUAAUAAAAAUUGGCGUUUAGUUGAUCCAACUCCAAGAGAUGGAGAUCACCCACAUUUCCCAUUUUUGGAAGAAUUCUAG